AUGGAACCAUUAGCAUCAAUCUACGAACACGAAAACGAUGACAUAUUUACCGAAGCACUUCACCUCUGUUCCGUCGAUUCAAUCCCGGAAACUUCCACCUCCGAUUCCACCCUUUCACAUUCUAAACCCAUCUCCUCCGAACCUCACGAUCCCCAUUCCAACCCACCCUCUCCCUCUCCGGCCACCACACUCCGCCGCCGCUCAAUUCGUCUCAGAAACAACCAAUCUUCCGAUUCCACCAUCAAUACCGAUUCGACCAAUGUCACAAAAAGAAGCUCCCGACAUCACCCAAGGGACAUGAAUCUCAAACAAGAUGAGAAUUUUACCACGAAACCCUAUCCCGAUGAAGCGAACAACGAGGACUCCACCGUAACUACAGCUACGAAUGAUGCUGAACACGACGAUUCCGCUGUUUCGGCUUUGCGAAUCACCGAUUCGAACUCGAGUUUUCUCGAAUUGAUAGUAGGUGGGUUUUUGAUGAAGUGUUUCGUGGAGAAGCCAAUUCAGAUGAAGGAGGUUUUGAAUUUUGAUUAUACUAAGCUUAGUCCGGUAGCUUAUGUUCCUAUAAUAUCAUGUGAUGGUGUUGUUGGUGGGAAAGAUUCGGAGAAUAAUGUUCAAGUUGGGAAGUUGGCGAUGAUGGGUGAACGGGUUAUACCUUCGAAACACAAAGUACAAGUUACGGUUUCUUUGAGAGUGCCCGAGUCGGGAUACAACAGAAAUCUUGGAAUCUUUCAGGCCAGGGUGGAUUUUCUGCUGUCUAGUGGUAAAAAGAUUGCAAGUUUGAGUCAACCUUGCAUGUUAAGGUUCAAAAGUGAACCUAUUCGCCUAAUCACGACUUUCCUCAAGAUUGCUCCUCUCAUUACUGGCUAUACAUCUGAAACCCAGAUUCUGAAUGUCAGGAUGAGAGGGUACGUUGAAGGGAAUAUACCUACUUCGUGCUUGAGAGUGACACUCGAGCAACGACCAGAGUAUCAACCGGGUGCUGGCAUUCCUCAAAUAUAUGAUGCAUCUCUUGUUGUCGAGUCUGAACUUCCUUUUUUCAAAAGGAUCAUUUGGCAUUGGAAGAUGAGCAUAUUUAUUUGGAUUGCAAUGAUGUCGCUCUUCACAGAGUUGAUUUUUGUUCUAGUAUUUUGUAGGCCUAUAAUAAUUCCAAGAACAAGGCAAAGGGUAGCGGCAUCUGCUCUUGGUCCUGCAACUUCAGCCAGUCUUCAGGCACAAAGUUGA